UCUCCCGCUAAACGUUCCCAGCUGGACGCACACAGAAGCAUCGAGGGCUAUGGUGGGAGAAGACGCACUCGGACCUCCAGCGACUCCAUUCCACAGUGACCGAGCUGCAGCGGUGUAUCUAGUCAGGAGAAGAUGUCUGUGAAUGAGGUGUAUGUGUUCCGACCCUUCAAGCUGAUCGCUCUGCUGUGCGUCUUCCUGGCGCUGUGCCUGGACGUGGUGGCUCUGCUGAGUCCAGCCUGGGUCACUGCGGAGCAUUUCUCCCUGUCUCUGUGGGAGUCCUGCUCCCUUUCCGAGGCACGGCUCCCGACAGAGGAGGCUCGCUGGAGCUGCUUCUCCACCCUCACAUCUGACUGGCAGAUUGCCACCCUGGUGCUGCUGGUGGCCGGCGCCGUGGCGACUCUGGUGGCCUUUUUGGUGGCCCUCAUUUCCCUGUGCCGGGGCACGCAGAGACAACACUACCGCACUGUGGCCGUGCUCCUCUUCACUGCAGUGGUUCUGCAGGCCUGCGCUCUGGUCCUCUACCCGAUCAAGUUCAUUGACGGAACAGUUCUUCAGACCUAUCAUGAAUUUAACUGGGGCUAUGGGCUUGGCUGGGGAGCAACCAUCUUCAUGUUGGGCGGUGGAAUCCUCUUCUGCCUGCGGACGGACAUAUACGAGGAUGCAAUGUACUGAGUGCUUGUGCGCCCCACUGCUGGAAAUACAACCAUAAACAUACACACUAAUGUCCCUGCAGGAGGUGUGCUGCUCUUCAUCACUGUCCACAUGCCAGUGUGAG